AUGCGGCCCUUCCGCAUUUACCUCAUCACCACAAUACUGUUCACCUCAAUCUUCACCACCUUAUCCAACCCAAAGGCCAUUGAUGUUCUACAGAGUCAACGACAGCUGGAAGAACAUCCUCUCAACUUUUGCAAUCAAACAGAAUUGGCAUUGGAGAAUGGGCUUCAGAAGACGACGUUAGGCCAGUUUAUGGGCUACCCAUGUUCACCAGAGUUUUAUCAUUGUAGAUGGCAGUCGGAUGGGUAUCAUACUUACAAGAAGAACUGUAGGAUUGGUGGGUUUUUGAGGUUUUUUGAAAUUUUAAAAUUUUGAAAUUUAAAAAUUUUUUUUGAAAUUAAUUUUUUUUUCAAUUUUAGGCUUGGUAUUUGACACCUUAGGCACCCAGAACUGUAACUACGAUUACAAUGUCAAAACUUGUGGCAUGCAGUCAGCUCCAGGUAGGUUAAUAUAUAAUACUUUAUCAGUAAACUGUCUAUGAUCUUGUAGUCUUUAUAUAUUUUUUUAAUUUGGUUAUAGUACUACGGAUACUAACAUGUGGUGCUAUAUUGGACUUGUACUACUUUGUGUAGUACCAUCUUUUCUGUUUAUAUAAGGUAGUACUAUAUUUUGUUUUCGGUGCACUUGGUAUAUACAGUAGUACAAAGGUAUGUACAAGGAAUAUUAUUUACUAUAGUACGAAGUUUGGUAUCAAAAGUAAUGUGUACAGCACUAUAUUUUCUAUGUGCUGGAGAGACGCAAGGUAGAGGAGAUAGUACUAUGACUUAUAAUUAGUGUACUAAAAUUUGUACUAUUUUUGAUGUUUUAGUACUGUUUGCAGUGUUAAAUUGUGUUUUUGGUACUAUUUACAGUGCUAAACUUUACGGCCAUGCUAGUGCAUUUUCUGCUGUGAAACCUUGUAGUAGCUUGAAAAUAAUGUUGAGCAAGUUCCUGAGAUGUACGCCGUAUUUUACAAUAAUAUUAUUUUUAGAAAAAUGUGUGAAUGCCACGGACUUUGCCUGUCCAUUAUCGGAGACUUGCGUUUCAUUGGGACAACGUUGCGACGGCAUUUACGAUUGUAUAUUGGAAGAGGAUGAACAGAACUGUCGUAAGUUAAACGACCCUACCCUACCUUAUCAUACCUUGUCUCGGCCUUGCCUGUGCUUUGGCCUGUGCCUUGGCCUGUGCCUUGGCCUGUGCCUCGGCCUGUGCCUUGGCCUGUGCCUUGGCCUGUUCCUUGGCCUGUGCCUUAGCCUUGGCUAGCCUUGCUCUAUCUCAUCUUGCUUUAUCUUAUCUUAUUCUACCCUACCUUACCUUAGCUGUGAGGUAGCUUUAUAUUACCUUACUUCUUCUUACUCAUCUUACUGUAAUUUCUAUCUACAGUAUUUUUAAACAUGACUUUAUGUAUAAUCUAAUUCUUUUUUUAGCCGUAUUUUACAAACAGAACUUACAAUAAUAUAAAUUAUGUUUAGCCAUGUGCAAAGCGGACGAGUUCCCAUGUAUAACAUCGGAGCAAUGUAUACCUAUGUCAGGCAGGUGUAAUGGUAUCAAAGAGUGUCGUGAUGGUACUGAUGAAAUGGAUUGUGAAGGUAAAUCGCUUUAAACUUCUUUUUUUCUAAUUUUAAAGUUCGAAAACUCUUAUUUGAAGGCGAAAUGUCACACUGUCUUUCUUGUGACGAAAUGUCAAAAAGUUUAUUGGUUUCUUUUUGUUGCUUAUAAUGUUUUUAAAGGAAGAAAAUUUUUAGAGAAUUGUUUUUGAGACGAAAUGUCAAAAAUUUUCAAAUGUGACGAAAUGUCACAAAAUUAUUGAUUUUUCAUUUUUACUCAAAAAUGUUAUAUAGCGUAUAGAUACACAUACGGCACUUAUUAUAAGGUAUUUUUAAACCCAAUGCAAAUGUUUUACAAUUGUCACGAAAUGUCACAAAAUUAUUGAUUUUUUAUUCUUACUUUAAAAUGUCAUUUUAAGACAAACAAAUAAACUUUCAAGUCAUAAAAAUCAUUUUUAAAAAUUUUUUUCACUUUCAGAAUGCCCAGCCGGCAACUUCCUGUGCAGAAAGUCGAAUAAAUGUGUACCAUCAGCACUACGCUGUGAUGGCCAUAACGAUUGUCCUCAAGGUGAAGAUGAAGCACUGUGUAAGAAGGACAACAGCCAGAUGUAUAUCUGUGAGAACCGAAAAGAUCAAGUGGCCAAGACUCUGGUCUGUGAUGGCAAAGAAGACUGUCCUGAUGGCUCUGAUGAGAAGUAUUGUCUUAGACCUGCCUUGCCUGUGCCGUAAGGUUUUUUAUAUUGUUAUAGAUGGGAGAGGAAAUAUAGGGCGGGGUAUUUAUAGGAUAGGGCAGGCAGAUUUUCAGACCAGAAGGGCAAGGCAAAGGAGGUUAGCUUUCUGUAGGGCAAGGGGUGUAUCACUUAAUUUCUUUUGAUUUUACGGUAGGGUAGGGUAGUUCUGGGGUAGGGAAGGGUAAGGUAGCUUUCAGUAGUUGGUAUGCCCUCUGUAUUGGUCAAGAAAAGUACAGUAAGUGUAUGGAGGGUAAGUAUAUCGAAUUGUGGUGCUAGAGUAGGGCACAAAGGGUUACUGUAACAUAAGGUAGGGCUAUGUCUAGGUCUAGAAAAGGUUGUUGUAGGGGAUUGUAAGGUAUUUCUAAGGUAGAGUACGAUAAGACAGGGUGUUGUAGGGAAUGGUAUUGAAGGGCACGAUAGGAUAGUAGAGUAGGGCAGGAUAGGGUAGGGUACGGUAGGGUAGGGUAGGGUAGGGUAGGGUAGGGUAGGGUAGGGUAGGGUAGGGUAGGGUAGGGUAGGGUAGGGUAGGGUAGGGUAGGGUAGGGUAGGGUAGGGUAAGGUAGGGUAGGGUAGGGUGGGGUAGGGUAGACUUAUUUCUUUUACUUUCAGUGAAGGCACGGCCGAGAACAAUGAGGUUUCAACUGACGUCACUGCUCUUCAAUCUCUGGCUAUCUCUCCGAUGGCCGCUUCUACUGCUAUUCCUACUGUAGUGGUACCUCUACCAGCGCCAGAAUCGCUUCGUAUCCCGUCUAGUCCACGUCAAACUGGCAAGGUAACAGCUUCUUUUCCUCGAGUUCAAUUUGGCUCAUCUAUAUCAACACCGGCUAGCCAAGAGACUACGGUAGUCAGCCAAGAAGCGGGUGAUGAUGACAAUGACAGUAUGCACAACAAGCCUACUGUACAGAUGAAAAAGUAUCGUAUACCGAAUGAAAAGUUAGUACGAGGGGAUACUGUAGUGGACUGUAGGGAUGCUUGCUACGAUAAGGAGGAUACUGUAGCUUAUGUUAAGGAGAAUGUUAUACCGUAUGAUGUUAGGCAUACCGUAGGGCAUGGUACCCCAUAUAGUGAGAGCCGUGCUGGAAGUGAUACUCCAUAUGGUGUUAGUCGUACUGUAGGGCAUGCUAGUACGGUAGGAGUAGAGGAAGGCAAUGCUAGAGGUACAGUGGGUACAGUAAGAGGUACAGAAAGCCAAGAUACAACACAAAGCUCAGAAGAGGUAGUACCCCAGCGUAGCACUUACUCAAAACAAGGUACUCAAGAUACAGUACCACAUAGUAGUACGAGCUCCAAAUACAGUACCAUCGACAGAAAACCCAGUACUACAGACAACAAGUACAGUACUCAAGACAUCGUAUACGGUAGAGAAGACUCAAUGCCUCAUAGCACUCAAGAUACGAUGAUACGAAACUCACCUCCCACUUUGCCUCACAGCUCUCAAGAUACCAUACCCGUCUUUGUGGGCCAAAAAGGUCGAAAGACCUUUACUCCGUCUACAUUCAGUUACCGACAAGAUACGACCAAUCCUCAAUUGGCAGUGACAAGGCUAAAUCAAACACACGACCCGCUACAGGCUUUGACUGACAAGUAUGGUGCUGAUCGGAAGUAAGUUGAGUGUGUUGUACUAUUUAGUACUAUAAAGUCGUAUCGUACUAUUUAGCACUAUAGUGUAGUACUAAACUGCUUAUCACUGUAUUGUAGUAUCGUACUAUUUAGUACUAGAGUUGGGUAUUGUACUUUUUAGUACUAUAUUUAACUCCUGUAUAACAAAUUGCUUGUGGUAAUAUUAUAUUAUACUACUGGGUUUAACGUGAAUUUAAAAUGUUUUUUUUAACCUUUUAGUGUUAAAGGGCGGGUAAAAAGAAUCGUUUGCAGGGCAGGGUAAAAAAUAGAUAGCAUGGGCGGGAUAAGGCAUGGAUCACACAGGCGAGGUAAAAACCCUUCUAAACGCGGGGGAGAAGAGGGUUAGAGACAGGAGAAUCAAAAAUACUUUAAAAUUUUAAAACAUAGGGGCAUGGAAACAAAAAAAAAUUGGGGUAUGGUAAAAAAAAAUUUACGAGCGAAGGGGCAAACAGCUCCUUUUUUGACAAACUCCAAGUAGCAGGGGAAAUUUAAUACUAAAACGCCCGAAAAUGGCAAGAACUUUCUCUACAAAACAACAAAUGGCAAGAACUUUCCUUACAAAAAAAUGACAAGAACUUUCUUUAAAAAACCAAAAAUAACAAAAAAUUUCUUUACACUAAUAACGGAGUGUUUUGCUGUGAAAACGGUCGAAAACUCAAUUUAAUCGUAUUUUCAUAUCGUAUAGCGGAGAUUACAGCGAAUUACUGAGGAAGAUUGAGACCAUUUUGAAGACCGAAAAUGAACCAUCAGCACGACCUCAGAACAGCGAACCGUUCCAUCGACUCAGCAAAACGUAAGAACUUUCUUUACAGAACAAAAAAUAGCAGGAACUUUGUUUACAAAACAACAAAUGGCAAGAACUUUCUUUACAAGGUUAAAAUUCAAAAACUUUUUUUACAGAAGGAUUAUUUGGAAAAUUAAUUGUUCUGAAGGCUGCGGGUGACAUGUUAUACGAUGCUAUGAAAAAAACUGCAAGAACUUUGUUACCAAGACUUAUUUCCCAAAAAACCGCAAGGACUUUCUUUACAAAACUCAUUUCCUGAAAACCGCAAGAACUUUCUUUCCAAAACUUAUUUUUCAAAAAACCGCAAGCACUUUGUUUACAAAUCUCAUUUUUUGAAAAAACCGCAAGAACUUACUUUACAAAAUUCAUUUUUUCAAAGAGCCGCAAGAACUUCCUUUACAAAUAAACAGUCGGGUUUCAGAAUCACGGUCACGGGCCGACCGCAUAAAUGGCAGCCAUCGUUGUCGACCAACGGCCCGAGCCGCACCACGCCCAUCCCUUUUCACCGGCGUCGGUUUCCAUUUCCCCCUGCCCCCGCCCCAGCACCGGGCGUAUGUUGUUAA